CCCUCUUUAGUUAAUCAUUAAAGUACUGUAUGAAGAUAUAAGAAGUCUCAGAAAUUGGAUUUUCUCCUCUCAUUGGUGCUGUCACAAUGUCCUUCUCUGGAAAAUUUCAGCUGGAAAGCCAAGAGGGCUUUGUACCUUUCAUGAAGGCUAUUGGUCUGCCUGAUGACCUCAUUGAGAAUGGCAAAGACAUCAAAAGUGUAUCUGAGAUUGAACAGAAUGGAGACAGCUUCAAAGUGACAGUAACCACGGGGAGCAAAGUUAUGGUUAACUCUUUCAUUAUAGGACAAGAGAGUGAAUUGGAGACAAUGACUGGAGAAAAAGUCAAGAGUGUUGUGAUCAAAGAGGGCAACAAGCUAAAGGCAAAGCUGAAGGGCAUUGAGUCAGUCACAGAGCUUUUGGAUGACAACACAAUUGUGCAUACCAUGACUCUGGGCAACAUUGUCUUCAAGAGAACCAGCAAACGUGUGUCAUAAUAAACGCUAUUCAUUUUAAA